AUAACUUCGGUUGUACUCGUUGCAGUUUACUUUUUGUCCUUAACUGGUUGGGUAUGAGAGUUAGCAACUUCUGUGCUGGUUUCCCAGGGUCGCUGAGCCCGGGUUGUGUGGAACUCACCCCCUGUUGUAGCUGCUGCCCGGCUUGCAGCGUGUAUUUGCCUGUCCAACAGGACAGACCUUUGGCAGAGUACAGAUUUAUUUUUUUUUUUAACACUUCCAGAUUUCAUAUGUGAAGAUCAAACAUGAGCAGUAUACUAAGAUUCGUUUGGCACUCUUAGGUGCUAACCUUCGAGUCCGUUUUUCGGAUAACGAAGGUGUGCAGCUGUGCGAGUGCUUUGAGCGACUGUGGCACUUGUGUAAGAAAACCAAGCGACUGCGUGCUAGAUUCCGUUAAACAGGAGGCUGGCUGGCGGGCGUUUCUCCUUUCACAGAAUUAGGCCGAUGUGCAGCAGUAGCUUUCCCUGACUGGAAGCGUAGUAGCUGCAAAUCUCUUAUUUCUGGCGCAGGGAGCUCUGCGGGUUGAGAGCAUCGCAGUGCCGUAAAUUUCAGAGCUCUUCCCAAAGACCAGGGCUGGGGAGGUUUGAAUGAAAACUAAGGUGUGUUAUUUUUUUGACAGUGAAGGGAUUGACCACCGGAACGAGCGGGCUGCAGGUAGUUGGGAGCCCCCGUGUUUGGUGCUGCAGCUCAAGGCCAGGAACUCUUCUGAGAGAUGUGCAAGCCUUUGGGCUCGAUUCAGGAGUAAUGAAGUGGAAACGUUACGGCCAGCGUUACACGAGGUUCAGGCGGGAUGGCCCGAUGGGCUUGCUGACUUCAGGUUUUGUGUGUUUGUGCUGCUAGAGCCAGGAUACCUUCUCUGUUCUCUACAAAAUGCCGCGCCGGCCCGGGCGCAGGUGUCCUGGGCUGAGCUCGCAGUGGGGUGAGGGGCCGAGCGAGCCAGCAGCUCCCCGGGCUCAUCUCCCUCCUGCUUCUGCCAGCGUGGGCACAGCCCCUCCGCGGAGCUUUGGCGCUCGUCCAGCCCGUCCCUGAGCUGAUUUGCCUCACGGAGCCAGCAGGAAACUAUCUCGCUUUAACCGUGUUUUAUUCUGGCUGCGUUAGCCCUUUCGUGGGUUCCUGUGGUUGAAUCGGCUCACGGCGAGGCCUGACGAGCGCAGGACCGGGUGCGAGAUAGCCGACAGGAGAAUAAGGCCGAGAGGGAAGGAUGGGCCUGCCUGCUUCUGGCCCCCGAGGGCUCUCGGGGAGGUUAACCCCGUUCUGGGUAGCUUCGCCCCAGGGCAUUUCUUACGGCUCCCACGCAGAGGUGGGAGACUGGACCCGAGGGUUCUUGUCUGAACUCAGUAACUCUUUGCUGCAGUACUGAACCCGCUCUUCCCCUGCGGCUUUCCGACCUGUUGUAUACAUCUGCGCUUACUUCUUUAAUUUUUGUCGUUUCUCUCCUCUGCGCUUUCUCUAAGUGACCAAUCCUUUACUGUGCGGAGCUUCUUCAAACCUCAGCUUAGGUCCGUUUGCUGAUCCGCGCUUGCUGGUGGAGGAGGUUUAAAAAUACCCAGCAAAACCUCUCUUAAGAGACCAGUCAAGGAGGUGACGAAAGUGGGUUGCCUAGCGGAGGUGGCCUAAUAAAACGGGAGCGGAAUUGCUCUGCGCAUCUUCGGGAGCGCUCCUGGGUGGUCUGCGCGGAGCAGUCGGCGGGCGCGGGUGUCGCUGUGCUGCACGUGAACUGAGCUGUGUUUGUUUCCCAGCCUCGUAGGGAGUGGUAGCCCCAAACCGGCGCCUCCCGCCUCGCUCAUUGUGAUCUCACAAGCCAUCGCGUCUGUGGUGUCACAAUGGAAGAGAUGCUGGUGCUCGGACAGAGCCCGUGCCUCUGACAUAGCAGCCGAGGAACGCAGCGGGAAGAAUGAGCUCGAGGAACGGUUUCAGAUGCCUCUGGAUGUUCAAUGAUAGCACUCCUCCAUACUGGAGCAGCAAAGUUUCCCCAAAACUUACUUCCAAGGGCAAGACAAGCUGUGUGCUCCCUCCUCCCGCCUGGUGUUCUCAAAGGGUACGGCUCCAUCGUAAGCAGGAAACUGGCGUCCCACGGCUUUGGAGCUUCCAUGGCAGCAAUGUCGUCCUUCCCUCCACAGAGAUAUCACUACUUCUUAGUGCUGGAUUUUGAGGCCACGUGUGACAAACCACAGAUUCAUCCUCAGGAGAUCAUCGAAUUCCCUAUCCUGAAGCUGAACGGCAGGACGAUGGAGAUCGAAUCCACCUUUCACAUGUAUGUUCAGCCUGUGGUGCAUCCCCAGCUUACGCCCUUCUGCACAGAGCUGACUGGGAUUAUUCAAGGCAUGGUGGAUGGGCAGCCCAGCCUCCAGCAAGUGCUUGAGAGGGUUGACGAGUGGAUGGCGAAGGAAGGCCUCUUAGAUCCCAGCGUCAAGUCGAUUUUUGUGACCUGUGGAGACUGGGAUUUGAAAGUGAUGUUACCAGGACAAUGCCAGUACUUAGGGCUGCCGGUUGCUGAUUACUUCAAACAGUGGAUUAAUCUGAAAAAGGCGUACAGCUUUGCCAUGGGGAGCUGGCCGAAGAACGGGCUCUUAGACAUGAACAAAGGACUGAACCUACAGCACAUAGGGAGGCCUCACAGCGGGAUAGACGACUGUAAGAACAUCGCCAACAUCAUGAAGACACUGGCCCAUAGAGGCUUCAUCUUCAAGCAGACCUCCAAACCCUUUUGAUCCCCAGGGCAGGCCAGGCAGGGCUGCAUGCGCCCGGCGCCGGCGAGGCGGGGAGGACGGGCUCUAGCAUUCAAACGGCAACCGAGGCCAGAGGAACCGACACAAAUCUCAAUUCAGCUGUUACUCCAGUAGAGGUUGUAUAUAUGGGAAGGCAAAUCUGUGUAGACCUGAUGUGACUCCCUCUCUGGGCUGCUCCGGACAUUAUGCCAUGCUAGCGGACAGCCGCGUAGGGCGCUUGCACCACAUUUUAGACUCGUAGUUUGUUCUUUUCUUUGGCUCCCGAUUUCCGUCCCUCCCUCCAUGUCCCACCCCGUCCUCCCUCUCCCGCCCUGUAGCCACAGCGUCCCCCUGGCAUGGGCCGUCCCCGCCUUCCCCUCUUCUUUCUUUUCUCUGGUUUUAUGUUUUCAGGCCUUGACGCCUGCUGCAGCGACGCCGGCACGUGCCCGCGCCCGGGCUGCGCUCGUAGAGGCUCAGCAGUGUCGAGACGGCCCCGACCCUCCCCAGCAGCCCCGGCCUCUCCCCGAGCGCCUUUUUCCCCUCUUUUUGAGUCAACACUAACCCCUCUUUGACUCCUGUAUGUGACAAACGCAAUCCGUCUCUUUAUGUUCAAGGUGAAGUGCCUGUAUUCUCCGCUGCAGAGCCCCCGGCAGCCCCACCGCGGGCUGCGGGGCCCCGGAGGGCUCCCUUCAGUGGGGCAGGGGCCCGGCGGGCGGGCGGGCGGCGGGAGGGAGGUGACAGCGCCCGCGCAGAGCUCCCCCCCAUCCCAUCGCGUCCCAUCCCGUCCCAUCCCGUCCCCGUCCCGUCUGCUCGUGCCUCUUGCGGGGAUGGGUGGGAUGCCCGGCCCUGCCCCAGCCCCGCCGACCGAUUCCAGCUCCACCAGGGCCAGGCCCGCCGCAGCACCGCGUCCAUUGCCGGCGGUGGACGUGCCAGCGUGCGCUGGCCCCUCCCCCCCCCCCGACCCACAGGUACCUGAGCAGGGGAGCUGCAAAUUGACCCAGGUCCCCGACCCUGCUCCCCUCCCAUCCCCUCCGGCCUCCCCCGGUUCCCAAGCUGAGGCUCAGCCCCCGCGUGCCCACGGUCCCCGCACGCCGCGGGCCGUGCCGUGCCCCUCGCGGGUCCCCGCGGAUGCUCAGCAGCAGCUGGCUUGUUGCCUGAGAGCCUUGCCGAGCACAUCCCCUCCGGCUGGGUGGGCUCCCGGCCGGCCAGGGCGGUCAGGGGGCAGCUGUGGGGCAGGCUGAGGGCACGCGUCCCCCAGUGUCACCCAGCCCCGGGGCCCUGCUGAAUGGAGCCCUCGUCCGGGUGCUGACCUGCAGGGAGGCUGCAGCCCCGGGCCCGUGCGUGCAUGGCCUGGAGCGAAGCCGGUGACGGCAGCCAGAAGGGCAAUACAGGCACUGAACUUGGCGGUACAUGACUGCAUGGUGUGUGGUGUUCCAGUUAAACCAACCGAUAAUGCAAACCCAGCAUUUUCAUUGUCUAGUUAUUCCAAUCCUUGCUGUAAAUGUGCCACAUGAAUAAAGUUUGGGGGUAAAGGA